AUGGGUCGUGGCCUCAGUGAAUACGAGCCGCAUGACGGAGACCGUGAGUAUGCUCUACAGGUAUGGUGGUCCCCCAGGCUACGAGGAUCUGGGAAACGAUGUAAGCUUGCAAGUGCCCACAGCUGGCUGAGCUUCCAUGCUUUAUGGUCUGAGUUGCAGGAUAGAGCGCCCGAGAGGGCAAGACGGGAAGAUCGUCGUAGAGACGAGGAUGACAGGAGGAAGAAAGACGAGGAUGGGAAAGAGCGGCAGCGCAAUGCCGAAGAAGGGCGGAAGUCUGCAGCCAAAAGAAAGGAGGAGGAUGCUGCACGGAAGAAAGAGCUUGAGCAGAAGCAGAAGGAGGAGGCAGCCAAGCAGAAAAAGGAUUUAGAGGAAAAGAGACGGCAGGAGCAAAGGUCGACUCUCGCCAUAAGAAGGGUCAUCCAAAAGGUCAGGCUAGCUUCACCUGAGACCUUCGAAGAGGUUCAAAAAGAGCUUCAGGAGAUUCUCAGAGUUGAGCUGGAGAACACUGGCAGCCAAAAAGAGCGCAUAAAAGAGGAAAGUGAGAAGGGGCUGGAACAAGCAAUGAAAAGACUUGAUAGCAUCAGAGAGCAGCGGCAGAAGGAGUUAGAUAAGAAGGAGGCGGAGGACAAGAAGCGACAGGAGCAGCAAGCCAAAACAGAUGAGCUCCUCAAGGAGCUCAGCGAGCUGGUGGAAGCAGCUGAGAUAGGUGUGGCCCGACUGAAGGAGUUGGCUGCGCCGCUGUCCGAGAAGAUCAAAGACAGCGUGAAGGAGGUCGAGGCAUGCGCGCUGGCCGUCGAAGAGGCUGGCAGCGAUGCCAAGACUGCCACGAAGGCUUGUACUGACUUCAUCAUGGUGAACGGCAAUGACAUCAAGGACUCCGCACCACUCCCGGCCAUUCCUGGCGUUCAGGUGACUGGUGAGACGAAGCAGGCCCUGGGAAAGCUUUUGCAGCGAAUCAACGAGUGCGGCAAAACUGCCGAGUCUUUGAUACAAGCUGCAAGAGGUGCAAAAGAGCAGGCCGUCCGGCGUGCUUUUGCCAGGCAGAAAACGAAGGAGAUGGAGGCUAUGUUCGCAAAGUACGACAGGGACAAGGAUAAUGUGCUGAGUCAGUCUGAGGUGGUUGCGUAUGCCAAGAAAGAGAUGUCAAUCAAUGUGGACAAGGCUCUUCUGGACAAAGUUUGGAGAUGCAGCGUGGAUGCUGACGAGAAAGGCGUAAGUUUCGAAAAGAUGUACUUGCUGAAUGCAUCUAUCGGCAUCGUCCGGGAGAUGCAGCGGAAUGAGCGCCGCAAGGCAGCACGGAUAGCAAAGGAGCGAGUUCUGGCAGGGCUUCGAGAGAAGGUGCGGGCCAAAGUUCGCGAGGCAGAUCGCUUCGCACUGGAGUUCGAGAAGGAACUCCGUGUGAUGGAGAAGGUCGUGGCUCCUUUAUUCGGAAAGGCCAAGACGGCUCCAGUUUCCGAAAUGGAGGAAGAAGCCGAUCGCUGCGAUGGCUUGGUGAAGGCUUGCAGAGACACGGAGGAGAAGAUGCGGCAACGGGUGAGGUCGAUUCCGCUUGGCUUCGACAAGAAGUAUGAGGAUGACUUGAGGGAGUUCGUGAAAAUUGAGACGAAGCCCUUGGAGUCUCGAAUGGGUCGUGCAGACCUGCGGCUCGUCCGGGCUACCAACCUUACUAGGCUGUACCGCGAGCAGGGCUGGCGCCGAAGGGCGCAGGAGCUCGAGAUUGUCCGCAGCUUUGCCAUGAAGGUGGCUCGCCAGUUUGCUAGACUCAACAAACUCAGUUACGAGGAGCUGUUCGGCCAUGUAGAUUCCGAUGGUGACGGAGCUCUGGAUGAGGAGGAGUUCAUCUCCUUCUUCUCAACGAUAGACAAGGAUGUCAAAGAAGAGGAGUUUGAGCCUCAAGAGGUAGCGGAGGAGGAACAGGCGGAGCCGGAAAAGCCGGUCCAGGUGGCUGCAAUGGAAGAAGCGGACAGUGAGGCAGUCGAGGAGACGAAUGUCACGAACAACGUCAGCCCAGUGGCAGUCGCUGCGCUGGACCAGGAGGCUGCUGGCCGAUUGCAAGCCAUACAAGCCAUCAUGCUGCAAGCUACUCCCAAGCCAAAGCCGAAGCCGAAGCUUGUGGCCAAGGCAGAAUUGACUGCAGAAGAGUUGAAAAGUCUCUUCCGAAAUCUCCUGGAGCCGCACGAGGUGAAGAUCUCUCGGGAGGUUUUUCUUCGCAUCGUCAAGGCAUACUACAAAGUUGUCAAGGAGACGCCGAUGACGGAGAAGUUGGAGGUCAACGGCAGCCAGACGGUCCACCAGCUCAAAGUUGGCGAGGAUUUUGGGUUGGUGCUGGGUUGUCCUUGCAGCCGCAUCGUCCUUCGCUAUGGGCAUUGGGGCCUGUUUGACUUCAUGAUGGGCGUGGUGGGCACGGUAAACGGGAUGCGGGUGAGCUUCCGACGACCGCUUCGACGCUUUGCCUCGAAGCGCGCGGUGCAGCAAGGCCCAGGCCCCUCAGCUGGCGAGGAGAAUUCCAUGGUGCACAGUGGGUUGAACAAGCUAAAUGCUGCAGCUGUGCAUGGCCACAUUGGCCGUGCCGAUAGUAUCUUUCAUCAGCUGCGAAGCGACAUUCCGGCCGAGUCGCGCCGAACCUGGCACAACACCCGCCUGAAGGCCUGUGCCAAUGCGGGAAGUGCUGACCUCGCUGUAAAGUAUUACGAAGAAAUGCUGGAGGAAGGUAUCGCGCCCAAUGGUCGCACUUUUGGAAAGCUCAUGGAGGCCGCAACCAAGCAGACCAAUCGACAGGAAGCGCAGCGCUGGUUUAGAGCUCACACAAAUGCUCACGGGCAAGUGCAAGGUCUGCACAUCCACAUGCUCGUAGAUGCUGCUGCAAGAGAAGGUGACUUUCGCGCAGCAGAAGCCUGGUUUAGACGUUUCUCGACUGAUACCGUCUUGGCUCCGAACAUCUGGGAGGCGCUGCUUUGCUCUGCAGCGAGGGCGGGUGAUGCCGAGCUUGCUGAGGAGCUUUUGCUGGAGUCGACGAAGGCCGGAGCACAUCCAAACCAUAGAACUCUUGCAGUGGUCGCAGUUGCGACAUUGCAUGCAACUGAAGGCCACAGCAUUGCUUGCUUGGAGAGAUGGUUCGAUCUGGCUGAUGGUGUCUUGUGUCCUGAAGACAAGGUCGCUUCCAUGGCACAUGUCGCAGCGGUUGCCGCCAAGAUGGGCUACCUCGAAGUCGCGCAAGACCUGCUCCAACGUCUCUUGCCUGAGGGUGACGGCAUUUCACUGCAGACAGACUUGGAUGGCCCGGUGCACUCUGCUUGUUUCGAAGUUUCGCGGGCACUUGCCUUGCGGGGGCGGCCGGAUCAGCUGGAUGCAGCUGAAGCCUGGGUCGAACGAGGUGGAAUGACGGGAUCGCAGAAUUGGCUUCGACGAAUUUGUUUGGAACUCGUCAAAAUCUUUGCUUCCUUGAACCAUCUCAGUAGAGCAGAGAGGAUGUUUGGCCUUCUACAGCGGGUUGGUGCUGCAGACCUGCACUCGUUUUGCAUCCUCGUAAAUGCCUGCUCCAAGUGCGGUGAUCUUGUCGCUGCUGAACGCUGGUUUGAGAAAGCUCUGGAUGCCAGCAUCAGACCGGACAUCGUGCUGUUCACGUCCGUGGUCGAUGCUGCUUCUCGUAAAGGGGAUAUGAAGGCUGCUGAGUACUGGCACAAACGUGCAACCUCGUGUGGUUUGAGGCCCAGCAGUGAAAUGUUCGGCGCCUUAGUGAGUGGAGAAGUUCGCAACGAUAACUUGCCAGGUGCAGAGCGCUGGGCAGCAUUGGCUGAGCAGGAAUAUGGACCAAACUUGGUUAUACUGAACUCUCUUAUUGUCGGCCAUGCGAAGGGCAAGGACAUGAGCGCAGCUGAGAGGAUUUUGUUCAGAACUCUUGUUGGCAGCCGGCUGCAGCCGGACGAGAGGAGUUUUGGACCGCUGAUCAAUGCGUAUGCUGAGCAAGGAUGUUUUGCGGAUGCUUUGAGAUGCUUUAGAGCUAUGUCAUCGCAUCAACUGCGGCCGUCUGUGAUCCAGUAUAACCAGAUUCUGAAGGCGUGUGCAAGGUCACGCCCAAGAUUGGUUCAAGAGGCACUGGACAUUUUCGACGAGCUGAUGAAGCUAUGUGAUUUGCACAACCAGCACGACAGUACGUCCAACACAAGGCCAAAUAAGAUCGAGAAGAUUUGCGACCUUUUGCCAACUCGGAUCACGCUGAAGACGCUCGGGCGCUGUGUGGGAGCACGACGCUUGUCGCAAAUCUGCCAGGAAUAUGGCAUUGAUCAGCAGAAGCUGCUGGGAGCUAGAUUCAGUGCUGAGGAACAGAAGCGCGCUUCGUCCACCGCCGAGAGAUGGAUCUUUGCAGGAGAGGAGAGCUCUGGCAGAGCCCUCCGCGAGCAAAAAGCCGCACAGUCCGCAAUCCUGGAAAUGCUCGAGGGCCCCGAGAAAGAAACUUCCCUGAAGGUCUUUCGAGCCAGGGGCAAGGUUGUGGGAGAUGAGAACGACAAGGAAGGCUGGGUGACCAUCGCGGGCAACCAGGGCACAAUUUUCCUGCAAGAGGGCGGCCACCUCUGGAAGGUCCUCAGGCAAAGUGAGCUCUCUGAAACUAUGGAGGACGAAUGCUGA